AUGAAUGGACAUAGUAGUAGUAGUAGUGUGGCCACAUUGCCCACAAACUACGAAUACUAUACGUCGGGUGGCGUGAGUUCGGGACUGCGCGCCGACUCGGAAUCAUUUACGUUAAAUGGCAAACAAAUUACACUAUUUAGCGGUUCUCUGCACUACUUUCGACUGCCCCGCGAGUACUGGGCCGACAGGUUGACCAAAUUCAGGGCCGCCGGACUCAACACGGUGCAAACAUACUCGCCAUGGAACCUACACGAACCUUACCCUGGUCAAUUUGAUUUCGAGUCUGGAUACUUGAAUUUGCGCGCAUUUCUAGAAGCAUGCAAACAGGCGGACCUGUUUGUGGUGUACCGUCCGGGCCCAUACAUAUGCGCCGAGUGGGAAAUGGGCGGCUUUCCCGCCUGGUUUCUCAGGGACCCUAACCUCCGGCUCAGGUCUAACUAUAAGCCCUACAUGGAAGCCGUGGGCCGGUAUUUUACCAAGGUGUUGGCCCUCAUCGACGAGUACCAGUUCACAAAAGGGGGUCCCAUAAUAGCACUGCAGUACGAGAAUGAGUUCGGGGGUAUCCAUAAUGAUGGUGAUCGCGAGUAUUUUACAUUCAUGAAGAACCUAAUCGACUCGACCGGAUUCAAAGAGUUGUUGAUUAACUGCGAUCCUGGUAAUAAUGCCAUCAACGCCAUGCCCAAUUUGCAAAAAGGUGAUUACGACGGCAAGUACUGGAAAACUAAAGAAUUGAUUGAGCAGUUUAUCACCGAACGAGGUCUGCCUAAAUUGGCCGCACCCGCAGUGCCGGCGCCGCCCAAAAGCCACGCUUACGGACGCGUCGAUGUGAAAGACUACAUACCAUUUGACCAAUUGUUGAGCCAACUCAAGCCAAUUAUCACUGAUAAGCCACAACACAUGGAGCUAUUGGAUUUGGGCAACAGUUAUGGCCAACACUACGGUUUUAUUAACUACCGGCUCGCAAACCUGACCAAGUUCAAACAUUUAAAACUUAAGGGGGGCGCUUCCGACCGGGGAGUUGUAUUAAUCGAUGGCAAACAAGUUGGUAUUGUUACCAAUGGCAACGAUUACGACCUAGAAGUAGACCCGUCGCAAUUUGCCAACACUAGCGCCCAUACGCUGGACAUUAUUGUCGAGAAUACGGGCCGACCAAACGGUGGAGGCGUAAUGAACAGCGCCCGACGGGGACUGAACGGAGACGUGACAAUCGACGGGAAAAUAGGGUUAAAAUAUCAGACAUAUCCACUGGAAUUGAAAGAGAAAUUCAUUCAACAAAUCCAUACAUUAAAAGGCCAGCCGUUUGUCGCCGGUGUCGACAGUCCGGCCCUCUAUCGCAUGGAGUUGUCUGUUAAGGACAGUCCGGUCGACACUUUCCUACGACUGGACGGCUGGACCAAAGGCCAGGUGUUUGUCAACGGGUUUAAUGUGGGCCGACAUUACUCGUCGGUCGGCCCCCAACGCACACUCUAUAUACCGGCCCCUCUGCUCAAGACUGGCCUAAAUCAGAUCGAUGUGUUUGAAUUGCAUUCAGCUACUAAUAGUGUUGUCUUUACCGAUAAGCCCGACCUUGGUUAA